AUAUAUAAUUUAGGGUUUUCUUAGAGUGAAGCUCGGUAAAUGCUGGAAAGCAGAAGAGUUUGCUACGCGGGCUUAUUUGCAAAUAAAGGUUCCGAUUACUACCACUUAAGGUACCGAAGGAGAAAUUUGCUAAUUACGCAUCACGCGCAUGAAACCCAAGGUGUCAGAUGAGCAGCAUGCCAGCACGUUUGCAGUCGCUAGCAUCCCUCCCGUGAGCGCAUUUACUAAACGCAGCUUGCUAGCAGAGCCCGCUGUAACAAUGAGCCGUCCAGGUUUGAAAUUAAUAGGUGCUCCUGGUGCCACCACGUCUCCAACAGCAGCCAAACACUCAGCCUUCGCCACACGUCGGAGCGCUACGCGGAGCACGGGAACGAAGCUAGGAGCUGGCGGAGGAGGUUUACCCUUCGGAUCUGCUACUUGGUUUCUGGAGGGAGCGUGAAAAAGACCUGACAGCCCCGUUUAGCGAUCGAUUCUCCCCUCCAGAAGGUAGGAAGACAAAAAGCAAGGCGAGACACAAUGCACAAACGCCUGAAACCUCCAGAUCGCUUCGACCCCGCCAGAAGGUCCGCCGAAAACGCCCCCAAAUCGCGAACUUUGGCGGCACACUUUUAUUCCGAAGGGCACUACACUGCCGUGCAUCUGCCGCCUCGCUCCCCGGCCGCUUCGGGAGAGCCAAAACUUCCCGCUGGCAGUCACGGACCGCUCUCGGGAGGCGAGGAGGGCGGCUCUAAAUGAACUUACGGGCGGGCUCCGGCCGGGACCGGGAGGCCCUGGCCCUCCGGCCGCCCCCCGGGACGCAGCCACCCGCACCUGCGGGCGCGACGCCGCCGUCGGGGGACCCGCUGGGAACGGAGCCGCGCAGGGUCCUUUGGAAACGUCCCUGCCCUUGGGGUUACACCCGGAGAAGAGCGGUGUCCCUCGAUUUCCCGGCGAUUUUCUGCCGGGAACCGGCUACCUUUGUAUAUGUGCGUGUGCGUAUACAUAUCUAUCUCCUAGAGAGGGAUUAAUUAGCCGGGUUUGAGCUGAAAGAGGCUGCAGUGACGAGCCCAGUGGCGAUUGGCCGCCCGCCUGCCUGGCCCUGCCUUUAUAAUUUCCACACGAGUGCAUCUGGGCUCUUAUACAAACCAACAGCCAGCUUCUUCUGACAUAUACACACACACACACGCGGCACUUUUUCCACCAUCUGAUUAACCGCCCUGCACACACACAGUGAUUACUACGGGAAAACAUAAAUAAAUACGAAGAGGUUUUAUUAUUUUGACUACUGGAAGCCUCGCUGUGUCUCAGUGCAACUUUUGUUUUUAUUGCUGCCGGAGAAGGUGCAGCUCUCGAUGCUUGCCUCUCACUCACGGACCCUUUAAAAAAAGGGGGAGGAAAAAUAUCGCCCCCUCCAGUCCCCCGCCCGCCCCCCCCGCCACACACACUUCGAGACGGCUGAUCUAAAAAAGCAGGAAGAGAGCAUCUGAGGAGCAGCAGCCACAGCGCAUUUUGAAAAACAUUUGUUACGUUUCAGAGUGCAGCAGCCUGUUUCUCCUCUGAAGUUGGCUCCAGCCUUAGCAGCCGCAUUGGAUCCCACAGCCUACUGCGAGACUCCGGUGUACAAUCCGGAUCUCUGCCCCAACAUGAUCGCGGCCCAGGCCAAGCUGGUGUAUCAUCUGAAUAAAUACUACAACGAGAAAUGCCAAGCCAGGAAAGCUGCCAUCGCCAAGACGAUCCGCGAAGUCUGCAAAGUGGUGUCGGACGUGCUGAAGGAGGUGGAGGUGCAGGAGCCUCGCUUCAUCAGCUCCCUGAAUGAGAUGGACAAUCGCUACGAGGGCUUGGAAGUCAUCUCCCCCACGGAGUUCGAAGUCGUGCUCUAUCUGAACCAGAUGGGGGUCUUCAACUUCGUGGACGACGGCUCCUUGCCGGGCUGCGCUGUGUUAAAGUUGAGCGACGGGCGCAAGAGGAGCAUGUCCCUCUGGGUGGAGUUCAUCACGGCGUCUGGCUACCUCUCCGCUCGCAAAAUCCGCUCCAGAUUUCAGACUCUGGUGGCUCAAGCCGUGGAUAAGUGCAGUUACAGAGACGUGGUAAAGAUGGUGGCGGACACCAGCGAGGUGAAGCUGCGGAUCAGGGAUAGGUACGUGGUGCAGAUCACGCCGGCGUUCAAGUGCACGGGGAUCUGGCCGCGGAGCGCUGCCCACUGGCCGCUUCCCCACAUCCCCUGGCCGGGACCCAACCGGGUGGCGGAGGUCAAGGCCGAAGGGUUCAACCUCUUGUCCAAGGAGUGCCACUCGCUGGCCGGCAAGCAGAGCUCGGCCGAGAGCGAUGCCUGGGUGCUGCAGUUCGCCGAAGCCGAGAACAGACUGCAGAUGGGCGGCUGCAGGAAGAAAUGCCUCUCCAUCCUCAAAACCUUGCGGGACCGCCACCUGGAGCUGCCGGGCCAGCCCCUGAAUAAUUAUCACAUGAAGACUCUGGUUUCAUACGAAUGCGAAAAGCACCCCCGAGAGUCGGACUGGGACGAGUCGUGCUUGGGCGAUCGGCUCAACGGGAUUUUACUGCAGCUCAUCUCCUGCCUCCAGUGCAGGCGGUGCCCGCAUUACUUCUUGCCCAAUUUAGACCUCUUUCAGGGCAAACCUCACUCAGCCCUGGAAAACGCGGCCAAACAGACGUGGCGACUGGCUAGGGAGAUACUGACCAACCCGAAAAGUUUGGAGAAACUUUAGGGGGUAACUGUAGAGCGGGCCUGUCCGACAAAGCGUCUGAGAUCCUGAUGAAGUUUAAGCUUCCUGUUCGAAAAGUCAGAUGUUUCCACUUGACAGUGCAACUCAUAUUCUCUUUUAAAAAGGAAUAUAGCUUAGGCUCUUCACCGAGAAACGCAAAUAAAAACAGCAAGUAUCAUGCCUCUUAUCUGCACCACAGUUUUGCAGUUUCCCGCGGGGGGAAAAAAAUAGAAAAGAAAAAAAAAAAGGGGGAAAAAAAAAAAAA